AUGCAGAAAAUCCUGCCAAAGUUUUCAAGGCUAUAUUCUGAGAAACUUCCCGAUAGAGUGAUCUUAAAGGGUCCAUCUGGCGAAAAUUGGAAUGCCAAAUUACGCAAGGACAUCACUGGCAUGUAUCUACAGGAUGGAUGGCGAAAGUUUCACAUAGACAACUCCCUUGGAAACAAGGAGUUCUUGCUAUUCAAGUACGAUGGGAAGAGAAGCUUUGAAGUGCAAAUUUACGAUCCGACUGGAUUGGAGAGAGUUGAUAUUCCUGUUACAAAAAGCAAAGAAACAAACCUUCAUAGUGAGAAAAGACCAAGAGGCAGACCCAGAAAGUGUCCUGUUGGCACCCAAAAUCCCCCUCAGUCAACAUAUCCCACCUCUCAGGCUAAAGCACUUGGUCCUUUUCUUUGGCAGACUUACAUAGGUGCAGGCCAGCAUAAUCCAGAAGUCGAGCCAAACAAGCUUGGGAAAAUCAAAGAGGAGGAAGAAGAAAUGGACCUUCCUGUUGUUAGAAUGAGUUCACAGCCCCGCAAACACAAACAGAAGAACAAGCAAAGGCGAGUCAAAGCUGGAAAACCCGCUGCAGGUUUCCCGGUCUCCAAAUCGAUAUUCAAAUGCCAUUCUGUAGAGAAAAAUGCUUCUCAAUCGGAGUAUAUUCCGGGGGCGUUUGCUCAAGUGCAUAUUCCAUGGGAAAUGGUGAACGUUGUCCUGCGAAAUCAGGAAGGGAAAACUUGGGAAGUGGUCUGCAUGAAAAAUAGGGACCGGCAUCAUUUUUCUGCAGGGUGGUCGGCCUUUGUCCGCGACAACAAGCUGGGGCCUGGAGAUGUAUGCGUGUUCGAGCUUCUCCCGAACAAAGAUUUCCUGGUUACAAUAUUUCGUUCACCAGAAACUUCGACCGCACGAAUGAAGAUGCAGUUAUCCACAGUACAUACUCUCUAG